CCCCCUACUUAUUACCACAUUGCAAGACAUGACGUAUUUGCCCAAUGAACAUCUUUGUUAUUCUCUGCAAUUGGAGAAACACACUUUCUUAAAGAGAAAAGACUAGCUUGUGUAUGCUUUGCUUCUUUGAACAGCCGCACAAGAUAAGGAGCACAAGUUCUUAUCGAUAGCGGUGGAAGAAGCCUACCGAGCAGUCGACUGUGGCCAUGGACGCCCGUUUGGUGCAGUCGUGGUCCGCAACGACCAAGUAGUGGCCAGCUGCCAUAACAUGGUUUUGAAGAACACUGAUCCAACUGCACAUGCUGAAGUAACUGCAAUACGAGAGGCUUGCAGGAAGCUUGGGAAGAUCGACUUGUCAGAUUGCGAAAUGUAUGCAUCCUGCGAACCUUGUCCGAUGUGUUUUGGCGCUGUUCGUCUAUCCCGGAUCAAGAGGCUGGUGUACGGAGCCAAGGCAGAAGCUGCCGUUGCCAUUGGAUUUGAUGCCUUCAUUGCUGAUGCUCUCAGAGGAACUGGGCACUACCAUACGCCCAACCUGGAGAUAAAGCGAGCAGAUGGGAUUGGAGCCCUGCUUGCUGAACAGGUCUUUGAGAACACCAAGGGGAAAUUUCGAUUGAAAUGAUGUGUACAUACAGACGUGACGUGAUUUGACAUCACGGAAGCCCCUGAUGCUCAGAAAAAAUAAUGUAUUUGCCAAAACUAUGCCAUUGGUGCUGGACUACAAACUGUCAAUUUAAAUAUACCAUUUGAUUCUCA